AUGCCUCGACCCUCAUUGCUCAUCGUCCCCGGGGCUUCCGGCCUCCCCGAGUUUUAUGACCCAUUUGUCGAAGCUGUGACAGCAGGAGGCUACGAUAUCAAAGCCUUGCAUAUCCCCAGUGUUGGCCUUGUGACAGGUGCUAGGGAGGGCCCACUGCCGACAAUGUACGACGAUGCAGAAUUCGUCGCAAAGCACGUCCGCGAACUCGCCGAUCUUGGCCACGACGUGAUCCUCAUUACUCACUCCUACGGCGGAACGCCAGCUACAGAGAGUGUGAAAGGAUUAACCAAGAAAGAGAGACAGAAUCAGGGUCUGAAGGGUGGAAUAAUCGGGCUUGCCUACAUGACAUCUCUGGUGCCCAACAUCGGGGGGUCAGCUGGAGCCGUCAAGGCAGCCUUCCCGGACGAGGAAAAGGUUCCCAUGGCAAUAGAUGAAAAUGGCUGGUUUUAUUACCCAGAUAUCCCAAAGCUCGCCGAGCUGUCCUUCUCGAACAUGCCCAAGGAUGAAGGCGAAUUUUGGGCUGCAAAGCUAGCGAAACACUCAUCCACUAGCUUUGCCAAUCCGUUGACAUAUGCUGGUUUCAAGGAUGUCCCGGUGUCUUAUCUCCUUUGUGAGAACGACAGGGCAAUCUCGCCCCAGGUUCAGAGAGCUGGCAUUGAUAUGAUCGAGAAGGAGAGCGGUAACAAGGUUGAUGUUACAAGCAUUCCCGGUGACCAUGUGGCGCCUUUGAGCUCCAAGACUGAAGUUGUCGACUGGAUUGUUGGUGUGGCUGAACGUAUGAGUGGUCUGUCUUAAAGCUAUGUCCCUUGGGCAGUCAAGGCGGGUGUCUGGCCUUUGAAGACUUGGCCAUCCUUUCAAUGUUCUUAGUAAUGGGACAAUGCAAUAUAUCUGCUAUGGGUUU